AUGGAGUCCGUCUUCUCAAACGUCGCUCGUGCUCCCGAAGAUCCUAUCCUCGGUGUCACUGUUGCUUAUAACAAGGAUCCUAGUCCAGUUAAGAUCAAUUUGGGUGUUGGUGCCUAUCGAACUGAGGAAGGGAAGCCCCUUGUUCUUGAUGUGGUGCGAAGGGCAGAGCUACAGUUAGUGAAUGACCAGACCCGGGUCAAGGAAUAUAUUCCCAUCGUUGGACUUGCUGAUUUUAACAAAUUAAGUGCCAAACUCAUCUUAGGUGGUGAUAGUCCUGCUAUCAAAGAGAAUAGGGUUGCUACGAUCCAGUGCUUGUCUGGUACUGGUUCACUGAGAGUUGGUGCUGAGUUUCUAACGAAACACUACCACCAAAAUGUCAUUUACAUUCCAAAACCAACGUGGGGGAACCAUCCCAAGGUUUUCAACCUGGCAGGCUUGUCUGUGGAGUAUUUCCGUUACUAUGAUCCUACAACCCGUGGACUUGACUUCCAAGGCUUGAUCGAGGAUCUUGGGGCUGCACCAUCUGGAGCUAUAGUCUUACUUCAUGCGUGUGCGCACAAUCCGACUGGAGUUGACCCAACCCCUGAGCAGUGGGAACAGAUUCGACAAUUAAUUAGAUCUAAAAGCUUAUUACCCUUUUUUGAUAGUGCAUACCAGGGUUUUGCUAGUGGUAGCCUUGACACAGAUGCACAGUCAGUCCGUAUGUUUGUCGCUGAUGGCGGUGAAUGUUUGAUUGCUCAAAGUUAUGCCAAAAACAUGGGACUUUAUGGGGAGCGUGUUGGUGCCCUUAGCAUUGUCUGCAAGUCGGCAGAUGUGGCUAGUAAGGUUGAGAGCCAGGUGAAACUUGUUGUGAGGCCCAUGUAUUCAAGCCCACCUAUUCAUGGAGCAUCAAUUGUUGCCACCAUUCUGAAAAGCAGGGAAAGGAACCGUACACCUGGUGACUGGAGUCACAUUAUCAAACAGAUUGGGAUGUUUACUUUUACCGGAUUGAACACUGAGCAAGUUGCCUUCAUGACCAAAGAGCAUCACAUUUACAUGACAUCUGACGGGAGAAUAAGCAUGGCGGGUCUAAGUUCGAAGACAGUGCCUCACCUCGCUGAUGCUAUACAUGCUGCCGUUGCUCGCCUCGGCUAA